AUGGCAGUUGAUCCGUUCGCCGAGCUUGGCAAUUGGCUUGCAAACGUUUCGUCCCCAGUCAAGGAGACAUCGUUAGAGUGCGAAAUUACUGGCCGGAAGGUCCGCGGUUCGAACCCGACCGCUGCAUCUCGACUGCUUUUGUCUAAGCUUGAGCAACCUGGCAGUGUCCCAGCUGUCAUGCCUCCUAUCGUUGGCGUGGCAGCUAGGCAGAGAAAUGGUGCUACAACCGAACGAUUAUUAUUAUUAUUUAUUAGUGCUACUUCGUUAGGCACGCUUAUUUUGGUCAUCUACCUCAAACUUUAA